CCACUCUGGAGACGCUGGGAAGAGGCACCAACUGGAACAGACCAAAAGGCGAGGGCAAAAACCUACACAGACUGUAAAAACGACUGGAAAUACUGGACAUACAUUUCAAAGAGCGUCGAAAGAAUUACUUUCGACCCUAAGAGGUCUCUUUCAUCCUUCAGUUAGCUCUCUGGGUUGUUAAGCUUGAUGUCACAAUAGUGUAGUGGACCGGCAUUAACAGGCGUUGGACGAUUAUGGCUUGUUUACUCAAAAGCACCAUCUCCAAGUCUGACUGCAGACCUUUCUGGGUCGUCGUUCUUCUCCUUGGCAUCUCAGCUGAAAACACUCAAGCUAAAACUGUCCUGGCUGUACCCCAGCAUGUGAGCCUUUCAGCUAACUAUCCCACUCAGCAACUAUCCAUUUCCUGGUUUGGAGGAAAGGCCCCUAUCUUUGAAAUCAUCAUUUUGAGAACAGAAUUUAAUGAAACCGUCUUUUAUGACACGGUCUCUGCUGUAGUGAACCAGGAUGGUGGUCAGCACCAAUGGACCUGGACGUCUGUGGAACCUCUGGAGUGUACAUCACUAUCAGUCAAAAUCUGCUCAAGGGAAGGAAAUGCAAGAAGUGAAUGGAGUGAACCUCAGAUCCUGGAAGGAAGAGAUAUCCCCAGCAACAGUGACGCCCAGAUGUAUCCCCAUAGCAAAGUUGUGUCUGUAGGGUCCAACACAACCUUCUGUUGCAUUGUUGCGGCGGGAAUGGAGCUAAAAAAAAUCUACUAUGGAGGAACACUCAUGAACGUGACACGUUUGAGUCGACGAAGUUACGCCACCACAGCUGUUAAUCAAAAAGCAUCUCAGCCGUCUGGAACCAACGUUUUCUGUCUUCCACAUAGCAGAAAUGUAAUAUCAGGAGCCGUCAUCUUUGUUGGAUAUCCACCUCGACCCAGCAAGUUAUCUUGUGAGACUCAGGACUUGAUCUCAGCUGUGUGUCACUGGGAUGAGGGACCAGACACCAAACUGUAUGGCAAUAGGACAACUCGAUACUCUAUAAACAACAGGUACUGUCCUCAGAAGAGCUGUGGGACACCUCAGUGGGACGGUAGCUGGACUCUGGUGGCUGUUAAUCCUCUUGGUCAGUACACUCUGACUGACUCAGCGGAACUUGAUCACAGAGUGUGCCCCGUAGAACCAGUUAACCUGACUGCUGUUGUUCAAAUCUUUAAUGUGACUGUGCAUUGGAAGUGGAAAUACGACUAUUCCAACCACGAGCUUGUCUGCCAGGUUGAACUAGUGAGCAGUAAUACAACGCUUAGAAAUUUCUCAGGUAAGGGUUUGCACUCUGUGGUUCUGCUGGAUCUCCACUUUGAUGAGGAAUACAGAGUUAAAGUCCGCUGUGGAUCCCAGAAGCAUUUCUGGAAGUGGGGAAGCUGGAGCAAAGCAGUUACCUUUAAAACCAAACCCUAUGUUCCAGAUUCCCCUGAUGUGUGGCUCUGGGUGAACAGAGACAGUGGACAAAUUAUUUGGAAGCCUCUGACAAGGUGGCAGAGCCGCGGUCAAAUCAAAGGAUACCAGGUUACCUUUUGGAGCCCUGGAGAAAAUGAACCAAGUGUGAAGUUUUUAUCUGCAGGAAAUAACUUUUUGUCAGUUAACCUCACACGAUGGGCUUCAUUCAGCGGUGAUAACAAACUCAAUGCAACAGUGACUGUGAAAGCCGUGGGAGGGGUGUCUCAGCCUUCAAACGUACCAUUGCGAUUGACAGGUGAGGAGCCCUCCGCUUUGGAAAAGACUGUCUAUACAAGCAGUGGUUUCCCUUUGAGCUGGCAGCACAACAGCAACAGCACAUGCAGUUAUUUGGUCGAGUGGUGUGAUGCCUUUUGUAUGCAUGACUGCCCUGUGGACUGGAUCAGACUGGACGCUGGAAAGACUAACGUCUCUAUUCAGUCUGCCAACUUCCAGCCUGGUGUGAGGUACAACUUUUCCCUCUACAGCUGCCCGUCAGAUUUCCCUGUACUCAUGCGGCGCUGGAUAGGAUACAUGCAGGAGCUGGUCCCGUCCAGCUCUGUCAAUCUGGAGACUACUCAGCAGGACUGUGAUGUCGUCCUUACCUGGGAUGAGAUUCCAUUGGCUAACAGGAGAGGAUUCCUCCAGGGGUACAAUGUUUACAUCAGCAACGGUUCUCAGCUCAUACUUCUUGCAAAUCUGAACAUAGGAACAGGAACAUACACUGUAAAGGGUCUGUCUGGAAGCACCCAUAAGUUUACUGUGAAGGCCUACACGUCUGCAGGCGAAGAUACAGGUGGAACUGCUGCCAUAUCAAUGAAGGAAUGUGGAGAUGGACUGAUUCUGGAAAUUCUGGCCUCUUUGGGAAUGGUAACCCUGUUACUGGUGACGGCUGCCUACUUCUGCUACAAAAAAAGAGGAUGGGUUAAAAAGGCCUUCUAUCCAGACAUACCUGAGCCCAAGCUCCCGGGUGAUUGGUCCAGGACACGGGGGCCAUUGGACUUGAAGCCAGCUCCCCAUAGUAUGGUCAACAUCAUAGAGAAACCUGAGCGAGAUUUAAUUAAAGAUGCCCUAAUUGCCAUUGCAGAGGAAGAAGAGAUUGAUGCAGGGGACGGAAUUGGUGAUGAGCCAGUAGACACAGAUGAGCCGCAGUCGUUGCGUUACUACAACCAAGUGGUUGAUGAGCGCCCCAUAAGACCUCGCUUUCCAGACUCCUCGGUUUCCUCCUCAUCUUCUGUAGAUUCAGCAAACACUGAUGUGACCUACACAGGUAUUCAGACAUCCUGCUCUUCUUUGGUCUUCCCUUCGGACUCUCAAAGCCCGUCUGAGGUCUUCCAGCCGCACCACGGUCUCCCUGUAAGCAGCGGGGACAGAGGAGGGGGUUACCAGCCACAGAUGCAUCCAGUAGCCUCAGCCUCCUCUGAGCCUCUUGAAGAGCCACAGGCUCUUAGCUCUGGAGGCUACAAGCCACAGAGUUCCUGGCUUUUAGACUCUCCAAGAGAGGCUGAUGAAAAGAUGAGCCCCACCCACUCGCUGGGUUCACCCACCUCUGUAUCUUCCUCACAGUUCCUCCUGCCUGAUGGAGAGGAGCAUAAAGAAGAAAGACAAGCAUCAUCAUCGGCAGCAGCCUGGUUCACCAACCUGCUGUCAUCUGCAAAACCGUGACAUUUCAUGGUUGGACAGAAUAACCUUACCCUUUUUCUGUUACUUGUGCCUCAAAUCAACAUGCAAGGAAGAAUCCUCCCUUACAAUGUAGUCCUGCAAUUGAAAAAUCAUUAAAGGUAUAGGGGAGGAUUGUCCAGAAUUUUCUUUUAAAAACUGCCCUCUCCACAUGCACAGCCAUGUGUGUGCUCCCGAGAGGGAACGCCUAUUAAACCUGUGCAAGAGCAUGCAUGAGCCCAUUUCUCCUCGUUGUAGUAGCGGUGAUGUGAAAUAGGUUUCUCCAAAGAGCAUGCCAAACUUAAGCUGUUCAGUAGAAACUUCGCAACCGAGGCAUCAGUGGGAAGCCCGACAUGCACUUUCAGUGUACGUUAUCAUGUAAAAGAACCACCCAAAAACACCCUGGUGUUGUUGCUCUCUUCUGAGGCUUUUCUCUCCUUCUUAUAAACUUCGUAGACACUUUUUCUCUUACCACCCUCUGCCAUUUUCAAAGUACCGCAGUGAGAGAGGUGAGCUUCAGUGACCGUCUGAAACCGUAGCUCACCAUAGAUAUACGCCUGAAAGCGUGCAUGCACAGAAAUGUAUCACCAGAAUGAAUAACAAUUAGGUGAAGCACUUCAUUUAGGGACCCACCCAUAAAAAGAACAUCCUCCACUAUACCUUUAAGGUAAAAAAAAAAAAGGGGUGGACAAGUUUUUUUUUUUUUAUAAAAGAUGUCUUUCCUUUGGUGGAGUAUAGAUCAAAUGUACAUAAGAAAAAGUAUUCUUUGAACAAAUUUCUACAGUUUUCAUUUUAUCUCUUUGCUUAUACAAUGUGUCUGCCCCUAUGAAAAAAACAGAGUUAUUAAAUUAUUUUACGAUAUGGCCAGUAUCUCAAAAUUUUUUUUUUUUAUGUAAGCUUUUACUUGCAGUCCUCCUAAAAACUGGGAAUGAAAACAAGUUUGAAAUCCUCCAAGAGCUCAAGAAACAUAGGUUUUAAACACUAUAACAAAAGUAAUUCAGGGUUCAGUCUUUUUCUGUGAAUGCAUGAAUAUUACAUUAUGAGAAAAGCAUGCAUACACAAACAAUCCCUGGAAUAAGUAAGCUAAAAUGUUCGAAUCUAAACACAGUACAGCAAAACUACAUAUUGUGGUUUGAUUUUUAAAUAAAUGCCAAAAAAACGGAACCAAUUAUGGCCUUAUCUUAUCCUAGAUGUACAUGUUUUGUCUCGUCAGUUAGCUUAUGGACUCAUCCUAAAUUGGUAAUUGUCUUUACUGUGUCUGGAGUUGUAGCUUAGUAGUAAGUACCGCUAAUCUGAUGAGACGCAUCAAGGGAGCUCACUAUUGCUGCAACUUCAUGAUUACAUGUGUCAGAACAAAAUGUAAUAUUCAUCACAGUAUGCAGCCCUCUGCAUUUUUUAUAACCCUUGGUGAAGAUGUUUAAUUUUGUUUUUUUUUGCAGUAGUAGUAUGAUACUGGAGAAACACUAUGUUGCUUUGAUAAAGUGCUUUGGUUUAAGCAAAUCUUUUUCUUUAUCGUUAUCUCAAUGUAGAGUACUUCUCUCUGUUGGGUUUCUGCUGUCAUAAAAUGGGUUACUGAAAAAGUAUAUGUCAGAUUACUUUAACAUUAAACAAUAAUACUUAAGUGGCUUCCAUUUUAAAGUUUUUUAAAUUACUGUUUAAACUAAGGUGCACUUAUAAAGAAGUGGUGUUUUCUGUUGUGUUCUGGACAUGUGUUGGGGUUGAACCUGUCAGAUAUACACUAAAAUAAGCUAGAACAUUAUAAUUUAUGAACUCAUGUCAAUGAUUGAGCAAAUUGUUGUUUCUAUUGAGAGCUUUCGUUUUUUGUCUUCCAUGACCAGUAGAGUUUACUAACUUCAGGCCAGUGUCUUCUUUCAAAGCUGUGCUGUGCAUUGUUGAGAUGAUUAUGGGUAUUAAAUGUUUUUCGAAUAUUAAGAUCAUCCUCCGUGUAUGGAGCGCAAAUGUCCAAAAUGCACUGUGUGGACUUACAGAUCAUACUGGACUUAAGAUGUGUAAAAGAUGCACUAUUAAUUUUUGUGCUUUGUUCAGUUUUUUUUUGUUUUAUAUGUAAGGUCUCUGUUUCAUGUAAAUUCACUACAGCUUAUGUUUUAUUUUCAUUUCAAAUGCAUUACGCCACUUUGUGUUUUUAUAGUUGUAGAAAUGGGACCAAGAAGAAACCUUAAUAUCAUAAAAUAAGGUUCUAAAUUGUUAUUCAGCUUUUGUUUGGUGAAAGAUAAAAAGUUUGGGAAAAUUACUUUGGAAAUUCAGCAGAGCAUCCUAUUUUAAAGGGCAAAUAUGACCCUUUCAUCCGUUCCCUUUCAGUUGUAUUUUAAGUGGUAGCUCCUUGUAGUUAUAAAUUUUCGUAUGUUCUCAAAUGGAGAGUAAAUAAUCGUGAAAGAAAACCAGCAUACCCAAGGCAACUGAAAAUCAUCUUAAUUUGUAAACUAACCCUACUUAGUUCAUAUCAAAUGGAAAUCCAAGGCAUUAACACCAAAUCUUGAGGUGAAAUUUAAGGUUCAGGUUGAUGUUAAUGAGGUUAUUUGUUCAUGGAUUUGAGACUUGACAAUCCAGAAUUCUGUAGUUGGCCCAGUCUGAUUGUAAUUUGCCACAGUGUCAAGUAGCAACCUUUAGCUGUGUCCAAGUUUUGAUCAACUUCACAACAACUGUGUCGCUAGAUGUCAGCAAACCAAAAAAGUAAUUGUACAGAUCUCACUUUAUUCCACAUAGUCUGUGACUGUUGAAAUUAUAUUACAUAGACACUAAAUCAUCAAGUUCCAUCAGACCAUAUUUAGUUAACCAGCCAUUGUUUUGUUCUUCUAUCAGUUAGUUGAAGAGAAACUAGGAUAUUCAUAGAGCAGCUGUAGUUUAAUGUUAUGUCCAUCAUUGGUGCAGAUACUAGGGGGGGGGAAAGUGCUCUCCUGAUGUUUAAGUUUAUAUUUAUCUUAAAUCCAAAAUCUGAAAUAUUAAUUAUCCGGGUUAUUUUUGGAUAGAUGUGCCUCAUCCAUCAAUUUUUCAUUGAUCAUUAUGAUUAUAGUUUUCUUUUUUUUGCAGUUAAUUGCUCACAAAUCCAUGUGAUAUUCCUACUUUUAUUUUUGUUUAUUUCAAAGAGAAUAUUUUCUGUUUCCAGCCAUAGCUGUAUGAGAGGCUUCAAGCUGGUGUCCAUGUAAACAUUGUCAUCCUGUGUAUGGUAGUAGAAAGACUCCUGUUUUAGAAUCAUGCAUUUUAAAAUUGCUUGUCUGUCUAGAA